AUGAGUAACGUGUUCGACAAGCUGAAGAAGCAGAGGUCCAAGGAAUGCAAGGCGACGGAUUUUUACGAGGUGAAGAACAAAAAUGACGACAUUUACGAAGUGGUGGACGAAGAGGGAUACAUCGAAAACAAAAACUCCCUAAAGAACUUCAUCGUGGGAGGCGACAAGGAUUUCGACUCGAGCGAUGACGUCAUCGUGGAGGACAUUAACUACGGCCUUCUCCGGAAGAGGACGGCCGAGAAGGAAGCCAAGGCGAAGAGGAACACACCCAUUGACGACUUCAUCCGCGAAAAGAAAAUCCAGAAGAUCUUUUCGACAGGUAAAUUAAGCAAGGAGGAAAUAUCCAAGGCAAAAGACAUCGAGCGGUUGAUGGACGCGAACUCGUCUUCGAGUGGCAGCGAGUCGGACCACUUCAACGCGAAGAGGAAGACCAGGGACUCCUACGAAAGGGACCGCAGCAGCAGAGAAGGGUGCCACAUUAGGCAGAUCGUCCGUGGCGGCAGGGCAGAGGGGCAGGUAAAGACGCAAGUGAAGGCUGAGCAUGAAGAAAACGUUGACGCGACCGCUGCGGAUGUAGAUGAAGGCGAUCUCGAUGGGGAAGACCACCUCGACGGGGAAGGGACUCCGGAGAGAAGCAAAAAGAGGAGAGUGCUCACGGGGGGAGCUACCCCGGAAGGGGUUAAGUACACACCAGGGGAUUUCUCAACGGAAAUUUGCAAAGGGGAGGAAGAAGAUGUAAAGAAGCGAAACGAGAGAGGCACCCCCCUCUGUGGAAUAAAACAGGAGAGUACACCAGAGGGGCAGUCAUCCGACCAGCGCAGCAUUGUGGCGAGGCUGGAGGAGAACCACCCUGUAGAGACGUUCCUGCAAAUGGGAGACCCCCCCCCUGCGACUAUCAAAAUGAAGAACGAAGUGAGGGGAAGCCCCUGCGAUGGGGAAGACGACCAAGAAAAGAGUCGUCUCAUCACAACCAUCGGGAUGAAAAACAAACCAGAUGAACUGGUGACGAACGAAGAAACAGGAUUCGUGAACGUAUACAUAUUUGACAUUUGCAAACACAGAAAUAGCAUUAUAAUGUUCGGAAGGACCUUAACGAAGUUCAAAAUUUACCGAAGCGUGAGCAUCUACAUUGAGGACAUGUACAGGUGCUAUUACUUCCUCCUAUCCAAAACAAUGGUUUAUAAGAAAGACGGGGUAGAAAUCAAAUACGGGCACAAAAAUUAUAACACGUGUAUUAUGUCGGAUUUUCUGGAGGAGUUCCGAGCGGUGAGGAAGUACCAUAACAUCGAGAGCAUCAAAUGUAAAAUUGUGAAGAGGCGAAAUUUGAACCUCAGCUCGAGUGAUGAAGAUGUGUAUGCAAAAAUUUUCUACACGUAUAACUGCGACCCGAUCAGCGAGAGGUACCUGUCUGGGAGGACCUACUCCGCCUUCUACUGCUGCAAUGAGGAUGUCAUAGAAAAUUUUGUCAUCAAGAAGAACUUGAAGCUGCCCUGCUGGGUGAAGGUCCGGGGGCUCAAGCUGAACCUCACGAACAACCUCACGUACUGCUACUUCGACUGCACCACGGCCAACUGGAAGAACGUCUACCCGGUGGAGAAGCGCCUCGGGGGGAAAGCGGCAAUUGGCGGGGUUAGCGCGGUUAGCGGCGGGAGUAGCGGCGGCAGUGCCGCUAAUGGAGGGAGUGCCGCUAAUGGAGGGAGUACCCCUAACGGGGUUGCGGCAGAGGAGGGGCACAGAAAGGGGGACCCCAGCGCGGGGGGGAGCGGCCACCUGGCCGACCUGGACCUCAACAAAGUAGUCAUCAAGGUGGUGUCGCUGCUCAACGAGGAGAACCACCACGAGGUGUUUAGCAUCUGCUCCAUGGUGGACGCGGAGGGCAUGAAGUACAUCAAUUUCUGCGGCAUAUCCACCAAGGCGGCAAAGAAAAAGAAUCUCACCUACAAUAAGAGCAAUGCCAAGCUAUUCGAUUCGGAGAAGAACCUGUUGGAUGCCUUUCUUCAAAAGUUGAAGACCCUAGACACAGACAUCUACAUCGGCUAUAACAUUUUAAAUUUUGAUCUCGAAUUCGUCAUACACAGAUGCAACGUCCAUAACCUGAAUGCCGAUUUCCUUAGCCGGAAGAAGAAGCUGAAGAAGAACGACAAGAUGAAGGUAAAUAAGUUUAACGGGACGAGUAGCACUGGGUCGAUGUAUAACAUAAUUCAGAACAUCAAGGGGAGACUCAUCGUGGACAUCUACAUGCUCUGCAAGGAUUUGAUUAAGCUCACCAGCUACGGCAUGGACGAGAUCGUCGACAGCGUCAGGGGCAGGUUCCAGGAGGGGGCGAGUGCCGCGAAGGCGGCCAAUGCGGCCAACGCGGCGAGUGCGGCAAGGUCAUCUAACAAGGCCAGCAAGGCCAACGCCGCCUCUGGCACCGCUUCCACCUCUUCCACCGCUUCUGCCUCCUCCCCCCCGAACGUCUUCAAAGACUUCUCCGUGAACAACAUCAACCUGCUGAACUGCAGCAACAUCCACCUGUACGACGCGCAGCAGCUGCUGGAAAAUCACCUGAACAUGUACAUACACAGCCAGCUCUUCUGCGUGCAGGAAAUCGCGAACGUGUGCAAGGUGCUGCAAAUCAUCGAGAAGACCAGGGACCUCACCAAGCUCAGCGGCUACCUCUGGGCCAGGAGCCUCCUGUGCUACACCAGCGAGCGGAUCGAGUACUUCCUCCUGCACGAGUACAACCGGAAGAAGUUCAUCACCCCCGUGGUUAAGAAGCGGGUGAAGAAGAUUGACAGCGAGCAAGUGAAGAACAAAGCCGCCGCCAAGUACUCGGGGGGACUCGUGCUCGAGCCCCUCUGCGGCUACUACGACACCUUCGUCCUCUACCUCGACUUCAACAGCCUCUACCCCUCUAUCAUCAUCGAGUACAACGUGUGCUUCAGCACGUUGAAGGGGAGGGGGGAAGCCGCCAAUCUAGGGGAAGCCGCCAAUCUAGGGGAAGCCGCCAACCGAGGGGAAGCCGCUAAUCUGGGGGAAGCCGCUAAUCUGGGGGAAGCCGCUAAUCUGGGGGCCAUCUCCACCGAGCUAGGCGACGCGGAGGCAGACGCGGCAGUCGCCCUCAGCGAAGCGGUCGAAGUUGACGACUUUGAUAGGACCAAGCCGGGCAUCCUGCCCUCCAUCCUGAAGAACCUCGUGGAGAAGAGAGCAUUCAUAAAGAAGCUAAUCGCAAACGAAAAGAACAAAGAAAAGAAGGAACUUCUCCUAAUACAGUCGCUUUCUAUAAAGCUUAUAAGCAAUAGCAUAUAUGGCUGCCUGGGAAACUCAAACAACCGUUUCUACGCGAAGCACAUGGCUGCCUUCAUCACACUGAAGGGAAGGAACCUGCUCCAACACACCAAGUCCAGAGUGGAAAGAGAAUUCAAUUUGAAGGUAAUCUACGGAGACACAGACUCCAUUAUGAUAGAUACGGGGAUAAAGGCGCAAGGCGGGAGUAACUAUAAAGAGGCCUUCAGACUAGCUCACGUCAUUAAGAAUACGAUCAACAAGAGCUACAAACGACUGGAGCUAGACCUCGAGUGCAUUUUUUCUAAACUCCUCCUCCUGAAGAAGAAGAAGUACGCCUGUGCGAAGGUCGUGGACGCAAACAUGGAAAGGUGCGAAUAUGAAAUGAAGGGAAUUAACUUCAUCAAGAGGGACUUUAGCCGAAUUUCCAAGCUCAUUGGCAAUGAGGUGUUGAAGAUCAUUUUUAGCAGCAAGGAUGGCCAGGCGGUUGGCGGUGGGGGCGGUGCAGGCAGCGCGGGCAGCGCGGACCCCCCCGUGGAGAACGACCUCUCGGAGCAGAUCCAUGAGUACCUGCGCGGGGUGCACCAGCGGAUCCUGGCGGACGAGUUCGACCUGGACUUCUUCACCAUCACGAAGAAGCUGACGAAGAACGUGAGCGAGUACCAGGAGAAGAACUCCCUGGGGCACGUCCUCGUGGCGGAGCGCAUGAUGAAGGACGGCUACAACAUCAGCGUCAACAAGGAGAUCCAGUACUGCGUGUGCACGAGCGAGGACGCCUGCCGGUUCUUUAACAAGCCGGGCCACGAAAAGCUGAGCAACUCCCUCUGCUGCUUCAGCCUCAGCGAAAUACACAAGCAUAACUUGAGGGUAGAUAAGGACUACUACAUUAGGAACCAAAUCCUCUCCCCUAUCAACCGGCUGUGCCAGUACAUAGAAGGAACAAGUGCAGAGAAGCUGGCCUCCUGUUUUAACAUCUACGACGUAAGGGAAAUAAAAACGGACCUUCAAAUUGAGGAGAAUUACCAAGAAGCAAAUGUCUUGUCGUUGCUAAACGAGUCCGAGGAAAGGUUCAAAGAUAUCCACUUGAAGGGCUACCUGACUUGUUCAUACUGUUCCCACAACGUCAAGCCAGCCAUUUUUAUAAAAUACUUCAGAUGCAAUAACUGCCUGAGGUACCUUUCCAUUGAGCAAAUACGCAACUACAUUUUCUCCUUCCUCCACCACCUGUUUGCCACUUUUUAUAAGCAGCUCUACGUCUGCAGCAGCUGCAUGGUCAAGACGAGACGGGUGCUUCUGAACGGAGCCAAGGACUGCCCCAGCCCCAACUGCGAAAGCCCAAAGGGGUCCCUCAAACCGCUGGUUUCUAAGAAGUACAUCUACCUCAUGCUGGAGUACUUUCUCUUUUUGCUCAAGGACAACUUGCGCGAGGUUCCGCCCGGCCAGCACGCCGCGAACACCGCUACCGCCCCUACCACCGCGGAGGGAGCUGCCCCCUACGCGUCCGACGUCCUCGUGUACGUGUGCGUCGACGAGAAGUUCAAAACGCACAUCUCCAGCGACCAAAAGCCGGGCAAGAAAAACCUCAGGGUGGAGGCCUACGACGACAUAUGCAACAAGAAGGAGCUCGGGGUCACCAUCACCAAGGGGCUGCAGAUGAAGUACCCCAACAUCUCCAAUUUCAUCACCUACUUGAAUUUGAAGAGCAGCCAGUUCUGCAUCAACUACAACGAGGAGAGGACCACCAUCCGCCACUCCCUGCAGACCCUCGUGCGCAACAACGUCUACGCACAGAUUUACUUCGACCGGGUCUUCUCCGUCUUCCAGCAGCCCCUCGCCGGAAAAAUAGCUCAGCUGUGA